UGAGUACAAUUAUGUCACAACGCGAAUAAUAUAUUAUUACAGUAAUUACUUUUAUUAAUACAAUAAUACUAUAACUCUCAUUUUCGCACGCGCGCUAUAAAAUUCGAAUUUGUUUUAUUUUGAUCUCGCGCUGCUUCAAAUUAAAAACUUGUCAAAGAAAAACUUCCAACAAUGUAAUCACCAGGCGAAAAAAUCGUUUGACGUUUUAAUGUAUAAUUUUUGUUCUUAAAGAAAAUUUAUUUAAAUUUCCAAACACAGUGUCUUCACGUUAAUGAAAUAUCUAAUUUAAUUUUGAUUCAUUAUUGAAUCAAAACACGAUUGAAACCACCACUCAACGGUACGAUUCUGUGACCUCUAUAUUUCCAUUAAAUUCUGCUACAAACACGCGCCUUUCUUUUCUAAAGAACGAGCAUCUAUAAGCGAAGCGUUUUAACACGCGUUCUUAUAAACUGCUCUUUGUGUAUAUCAAAACUCAAACGACGCUAGUCGUUGGCUAUUCGGAUAGCGGUCCGUGAUUAUCGCGCGUUAACCAAUACACGGACCUCGUCGUCGUACCUCCACGACAUCGAUAAUAAUUCCUGCUCCGUGUCGAAAGGCGCGCACUGGUGUCAGUUCGACCACGGUUUGCGUCGGUCUCGGUUGUGCAUUCGCUCUCAGGCACCUUCUCUUUGUGAUUAAAGUAAUUUUUGUUCGCGCCAAAAAACGAUGAAAGACACGACGGACGAGAACCAAGAAACCGACGUAUCCGCGUUAUGCAUCGACGUGUCGAAGGUCAAAUCGUUGAACGGAGAACCAAGGAAGUCUGAAAGUAACAACGUGCACGAUGCCGACCCCGGAGGAUGGACCCCGUUGCUGGUGCUGGGCGGUGCCACUUGCUGCCUGGGAUCGGCAUUACCUGCAGGAUUCAACAUAGGCGUCAUGAACAAUCCUGCUUAUCUGAUGAUAUCCUUCUGCAACGAUAGCGUCAGGGAAAGAUAUAACGUACAGUUAUCUGGUCGCGGGCUUCAGAUACUCUGGUCAGCCAUAGUAUCGGUUUUUCUACUCGGCGGUGUGUCUGGAUCCCUGAUCGCCAGUUGGCUGAGCGACAGAUUCGGACGAAAAGUCGCGCUACGCGUCGGAAAUAUCUGCGGUGUCGUGGGAGCUGUUUUGUUCCUGCUCGUUCGAGUGACCAACUCGGUCGAGCUUUUCUUGAUCGGUCGAGUGAUUGUUGGACUUUCCGGCGGUUUGGCCACUUCUUUGCUUCCUAUGUACAUGACGGAAAUAGCGCCGUUAAAACUGCGCGGCUCCGUUGGGGUUUUGUGUCAAUUGGGCAUCACCUGCGGCGUGCUGAUGGGACAAAUUGCCGGACUCAACACUGUUCUGGGCACUCCGGAAUCUUGGCACUUUCUUUUAGCCUCGUUUUCGCCAUUGUGCGCCGUUGCAUUCCUGUUGACUUUUGUUCUGCCCGAAAGUCCGAAGUAUUUGUACAUAAUCAGAGGAGAACAAGGAAAGGCUCUCAAAGAACUCCGUCGUUUGCGCAACAUGGAUAUAAUGCUCCUGCAAAACGAAAUCGCCAGUUUGCAGCACGAACUCGCGACAAGAUCGACAAGUGAGACGUGGAACAUCAAGCGUGUUUUGAACGAUCCGGUUGUGAGAUUGCCGCUGUUUUUGGUGUGUUUGAUGCAAUUUGGCCAGCAACUCACGGGAAUUAACGCGGUUUUUUAUUACUCGAACGCAAUUUUCGAAGUCGGUCUUGGAAUUAACGCCGCUCAAUAUGCGACUUUGGGCACAGGCUUAGCCAACAUCAUCAUGGCAAUCGUUUCGGUGAUGAUAAUGUCGUCAUUCAGCCGAAGAAAAGCGUUGUUUCUGAGUUGUUACCUCUGCAUAGGAUGCCUCGUCAUCUUGUCCAUCUCCAUCGCGCUAAUUAUCGUCCCAUUCAUGCAAUGGGUCUGCACCAUCGCGGUGUUGGCGUACGUUGUGUUUUACGGUAUCGGUCUCGGCCCGAUACCGUAUUUCAUCGGUUCUGAAUUAUUCGACGUGGGUCCCAGAUCUGCCGCCAUGUCACUUGGCAGCGUGUUCAAUUGGGGCGGAAACUUCUUGGUCGGCAUGAUGUUUCCUUCGUUACACGCGGCACUCGGCCCAUACGUUUUCUUAGUCUUUGCCGGAUGCACGUUGAUCGUGGCGCAAAUCAAUCAACUCUACUUGCCCGAGACCCGAGGUCGCAACACGUCGGAUGUAGCGUCACUCAUGACCCGAGGCUUUAAAUCAAGACCAAACAGAACACUUGCCGCCUAAACCUAAAUUAACGCGUCAUGUUAACUAAGUACUUUUGAUACGGUUUUUUAUAAUGAAAAAUCAUACAUCCCGUUUCAUUGCGACGCGAUAAUCUGCGAUAAUGCUCAUAACUCAUUUAUCGUGAACGUCAAAUAAUCUGAUAGAUUUUUGUGACGUGAAACAUCCCUGAUAGCCACCUGUCUGUGUUUUUGCUGUCAUGUUGCCGAAAACAAAACGCUUGAGUUUUCAGCAAAUUUAGAACAAGGUGAGUC